UCGUUGACAUUUUCAGACGCCAUGUUUUAUUUCCGUAAUUGGUUUAAAAUAUUGUGUCAUAUUGUGCAAUUGUUGUGUCGAAAAAACAUUACUUCAACGCAAAGAAAAACUCUUACAAACUAAAGCUUGCAUUUAGCUUUGCUUGCAUCAAGAUAAUAAUAAAACAUGAAUAAUGCUAACGGGAGUGAAAAAUGGCGUCCGAUAACAAUAACUAAUGCUAGUAACAGAAUGAGGACAGGACGUUCCAUGCCAGAAUGGAUGUCGAAAAGCGGUAGAGGUGGUCCAGUGCCCCCUCCGCCGCCGUCGCCGCGUGAUGACAGCCGUUUCAACGGUAACGGAUUUUUACGCUUCCGGUCAGAUUCUCCGACCCCCCCUGAUCCAGAAUAUGAGGUCAUUGAAUGUCCUCCGUCCGCAACGCAAUACAUAAAUUCUGGACCGCCCCCUUUGCCUGCUAAAAAUCAUGAAAAUGGAGGUAGACGCGGUGAUGGAAGGCACUGCGAUUUGUGCGGCAAUAACGCAACCUGCGUCCGAUGUGAGCAGUGUGCCAAUCAGAUAUUUUGCUUAUCCUGCGAUGAAAUGUAUCACAGACAUCCUAAAAGACAAACUCAUAUCCGAAAGCCAACGGAGACAGUGUUUCGACCACCGUUGCCGCCAAAAGGUGAAUCGGCUGCUGCUCCUGUACCGCCUCCAAGAAGAAAUAAGCGUCCCGGUAGUUCCUUGUCAAGGCAUGCCCCUUCUAGUCCGCUGCUCGGCAGAAAAGACCAGGUUUCAUCGCAACAAAAUUCAACAACAAUAUUGGAUCGUAUGGGUUCACUGAAAAGAAUGAUAAGCAGCACUCCUAGACCAUUGCCGGCGACUCCUAGUGAUAGACAGCACUCUACAAAUUUGAGACAACCACCAGAGCCGCCUAAGCAAGCUCCAGGCGCGACAUUAGAUUCUAGGCUCAGUUCAUUACAAGAACGUUAUAGGCAGCACCAGGAAGCCAUGAGAAAUCUUACUCCAUCUAGAAGAGAGAGUACAGCUUCUAGACCAAGUGAAGCACCGAUUGCUCCGAAUGAAAAUUUCAAUGAUUGGGAUUCAUUAGGUGCGAACCGGAUGAGAUCCGGAAGCGUUUCUGGAUUAGAUCAAAAAAAUAUGAUGCACCCUACAAGUAGAGGCAACGUUUCGCCGCCGUUAAGCCAAAGUGGCGCAAGAUCCAGAACUGGAUCCAUUCGAGGAAUGAGUGCCUCUGUGCUCGAUUUGCAUCGUGCUGGAAUGGCUUCACCCGGAAUGCCACAUGUUCAUUCUGGAUUUACACAAAUGCAACAAGCCCAAUCUUUAGCCCAAUUAAAUUGUAUGGGCUGUCAACACGGCAUGUGGCCACAGCAACCGCAACAGUUAAGCGGAAGUAACUUAAGUUUGAAUAUGAUGCCUCAAGGUUACCAUCCAAUGGAAUAUCCGCAUGCUCCAAUGUGGAUGGGUCCUUGGGGACAACCUAUGUACCCAGGUUAUCCAAUGGGAAUGAUGCCUGGCAUGCCAAAUAAUGGUACAUUACCCCGUCGACGUUCUAGUUCACGCCCAGUUUCCCCAACAUUAAGUCUAAAAUCCCGUAAAUCGCACGUAUCACGCACCAGUAGACGUGCAGGACGCACCAACGUUGGGCCAGGAGGCAUGGUUUUGGCGGACGAUGAAGAAUCAGAUGAUGAACAGGAUGAACGUCUUUCCUAUCGCGGUUCUAGGCACAGGAGGGAGAGUUUUAGUUCUCGACGAAGACCGCGCGGCAAUAGUACGACGCAAAGCAGCUUCGAAGACGACAUCGAUGACGAAAUUCUUGAAAGAGAAUCAUUACGAUCGAGAAAUGCCAGAAAACAUGAUUCGGAAGACAUCCGUCAAACCCGACGGAAAGCUUCAGUCGCCAGUGAUGCAGCAAAAUCACAGCGAAAAAAUAAUACUCAAACUCGAAAAGUAGUCAGUUCGGCCAGUGAUAACGAGUCCGUGAGUCAAAAAGUCGAAGACGAUAUGACACCUCUAGGCCCGCCUCCUUCGCCACCAGAUCACGAUUGGGAAUGUGAGCACUGUACAUUUGUUAAUGAAGCAGGUGUAACAAUAUGUGGCGUAUGCUGCAAAACUCCAUCGGGAAAUCCGAAGCAGAAGAAACCAGACGACCUAUCUGAAAAUUUCGGAAAGCAGAUGAAGAUCACGAGCGCUGGCGAAGAUAGCAGCGAUGGCAAGAAGAAAGGGGAUUUUAAAGAAGAAAAGAUCGAGGAUGAAUCUCCAAGAUUGCAGCAUGUGCAAAAUAGUUUGUCUGAUGCUUAUGACAAUAGUCGCAUCAAAACUCAUAUUGAAAAAGCAGAUCGAAUAUCUACUAGCUGCGGUACAUCACCACCAAGAGAAAUAGUUGCAAAUACAUCUAAUAAAAUAGUAAAUGAUUUAGUUACUAGCGAUAAGUUAGAUUCCAAAACAGAAUCCAUAAUGAUACAACGAAAUGAUUACAAGAAAACAACAAGUACAGGAACUUCCCCUCCUCCUCAAAGUAUUUCUACACAGACGUAUGAUGAGUUACCAGCGCACACUGCUGCAAGAGAAAAAGAUGACGAUGAACAUAGGUCUUCUAGAACUCCUAGAGCUUUAAGAAGAUCUCAUUCUAUGCACAUGUCUAGAAGAUCUAGUCAGGCUCCUUCUCCGUUACAUAGAUCGUUAAGCAGGCAAUCCUUUUCUAGUGAUACACAGAGUUUACCAAAUACUCCUCCCAGAGAGUUAUCGCCUACUCGAUACGAUGAUGAGAUUUUGGCCAUAGCAGAAAGAGCAAUAGCCGCCAGAUAUCAAGAUCAUUCAUCCAGGAAUUAUAGAAGUAUCCUUGAUUUGAGAAAACCUGAACUGUAUAGGGAAAGAAAGUAUUCGUAUGCCGAUGGAUAUUCACGGAGUGACCGUUCAAGAAGAACUAGAGCUGAAUCACAACCUCCAGAUAGUAUAUUGGAAGACUUAAUUAAUAGAAGACGAGCUGAUGUCAUAAAAUCGCAAGGGAUGGAAUUAGUUCGGAUGUUACGAGAGGCCGAACAGAAUAAAUACACAGCGGAAGAAUUGCAAGCAGCCUUGGCUCAUUGUUCUGAUGGAUCUGAUCCAGUUGCUUGGUUAAAAGCUAAUUGGAGCAGCAUGAUUGAUACUGUUAGAACUUUGGCUACAAAUUACGGUCAUGAGCGACGUGAAAACACAGUUGGAACCAUUUCGGCAAAUGAGGCGAAGGAAGCUCUGAGGUUACACCGCGGAAAUGUGUGGGCUGCUGUAACUGAAUGCGUUGAACAAAGACAAAAAAAGUACGCCGAUCUAAUGUCGCGCGGUAAUUUCACUCGUGAAGAUAUAGUCACCUCAUUAACUGCUCAUCAUGGCGAUAUGGAUGCAGCACUUAUGGAACUAAAUAAAUCGCAGUUGAAGCCAUUUCUCAUGAGGAUCUGGGGUCCACCUGCUGGUAUCGAAAACGAUAGCGCUAACAGUCCCCCAAUGAUAGUUAAUAAUUUGGCUACUGAUGAAGCAAAUAUGUUGAAUAAAUUAGCAUUGGGAAAUUUCAAUGAAAGAACGGAAGAGCCGGGGCGAGCAUCUAUACAGAAAAAUGUUGAAUCAAAUUCAAAGUCUCUAAAGGAUUUCAUCAGUGAAUAUGCAGAUAAGGAAAUGCUCGCCUCGGAAGCCGCUAUAGAUUCGGCGCGUGCGGUGAGUAACGCACCUAACAUAAUCUCCGAAAGCGUUGCAAAAUCUCAAAAUAAUGCAUCAGAACAAGGUGAGUUACGAAAUUUCGAAAUUUUACAAAAAUUUGAUCAAGAAGAUGCUAGUACAAAAACUCUGCCAAACAUUCUUGAUGAUCUGCAGGCAUCCCUGUUCGCCAUUGAAGCUAACCAAUCUUACAAAUCCGAUAAUGUUUUAAAACCACAAGAAAAUAUCGUGUCGCAAAUAUCUCAAAAAGAUACAAAUUUAUUGAAUACACAAGAAAAUAAAGACAACAAACAUCAAAAUUUAAUUAAAGAACAAUUAAAUGAUUCAAUUGAAAAUCAAGAAAAUGAAGAGAAAAUCUUAGAAAUUAAUAAUAGCAAUUUAGAAAAUAUGGUUACUGAUACAAAUAAUUUAGACACUAGCAGUUCUAUUCAGAAUGAAAUUGAAAUUGAAAAUAAGCCUUUCCAAGAGAAGAUGUCUAACGGUUCAGAAAAGACUCAAGUUCAAGUUCCAAUUCAGUUAGAUAAAGAAAUGACCUUAGAUGUUAAUAAACGCAGCAAUCCAGACGUUCAAAGUGAAAUUGAUGUAAGUAAUAACCAAAAUCUUGUUAAUAAGGGUAACAUUAAUUUGGAUAGCAUUCCAAUAAAAACAAAUGAUGAUGAUGAUAAAUUAGUUGAAGUUGGUACUUCAACAUUACUAACUGACAACGGUUUGAGCGCUGUUUCUGAUAAUUCUACUGUACAAUUAAAAUCACAAUCUACAGAUAAAUUAGCAUCAAGUACUUCUAAUAAUAUAAUAAAUACCACAAAGAAACGUAAUAAGAAAAAAGGUAAAUCUAAAGAAAAUAACUCCGCAAUAUCACAACCACCCUCUAAUAAUAAACAUCCAAUAGAAAAUACUGAAACGGAAUUAAUUUCUAAUAAUAGACACCCAAUAGAAAAUACUGAAAUUCAGCAAAUUGUUUCUCCUAUCUUAACAACUGAGAACGAAAAUUAUAAUGAAAAUCUUAGAAACAAAAAUCAAUCAGAAAAUGUAGUUUUGAAUAAAAGCUCUAUUAAUACUGUUCAGAAUAAUGAUGAUACCCAAAAAAUUGAAGAUGAUAAUAUAAUAAAAGAUGAAAUUCAAGAAAUUCAAAAUACAAUUGAACAAGUGGAGGAAACACCAAAAUUGCUGAAUGCUGAUUCAACUUUGGAAAAAACGAAUGUAAAUGUAGGUUUAAAUAAAGAAACAUCUCAAGCUAUACCAUCCGGAACAGAAUCAAAAAAUAAUAUGGUUACCUCAUCUAAUACUGACCAAAUCAAAGCUACGAAUAGUUCAAGCAACUUCCCAAAAAAAGCAUUCAGAUCAAAAUCUAAAAUUCCCAUUAAGAGAACAUCUUCAAUUCCUAAAACUAAAGUCUAUAAGGGUAAUAUUAAUCAGCCAUUAAUAUCAGAUAAUAGCAGUCAAUUGAAUUCGAAUCCUAGUCCAAUUUCAAAACUAGAACCUGAUCAUACUAUCGACAAAUCACCACUAACAACAGAAAUUAAAAUUGACAAUAUUGUCGAAAAGGCGCAGAAUAAAUCGGAAAUCUUAGAUAAUCAGCAAAUUAAUCAAGUGAACAUUACGCAAUCCGAAGAUAAUGAUCAAAGUAAUGAAGUGAACAUUGCUCAACCCGAAGAUAAUGAUAAUUUGCAAAGUCCCCAAGAAAUAAAGAAAGAAAGUUCUAGAUCUAGUAUCAAAAUUAUCGAAGUGAUUGUAUCUAACACUUCUGAAGAUUCGGAAGGGGAGCUUUAUAGUGGAUCCGACUCCGAAGAAGAUUAUGAAGAAGAAAAUGAAAAUGCUAAUACAAAAAAUGAAGAAAAUAAAAAAAUCAAAGAAAAAUCAGUUGAAAAUUUACAAAUAAAUACCGAAUCAGGUUAUAGAGACAUAGUUCCCAGUCCUCUAUCUAAUAAACAGCAAAAUCUUUCAAAGAUUGUAGAAGAUACGCAAAAGAUAAUAAAGCAAAUGAAAGAUGAAAUAACCUCAGAUAUGGCAAGCUAUGUAUCAGAGGGUGAACGUAACUCGGAAGGGAGCUAUGAAAGCACGGAAUAUUCAGGAAGUGAGUGGUCAAAUGAAAGUGGUUCUGAAAUUUUUAGCAGUCUGGAAGAAGGUGAAGAAGAGUAUGAUCCUGAAGAAGAAAGUUAUACAGACGAUGGAGAAGAAGAAACCGGAGAAGAAGAAGAAGAAAGCGAAAACCAAACUGAUCGAACAGAACAAAACAGUGACGAAGAAUUCAGCGAAGCAAUCGAGCAUUUAGAUGCAGAACCUGGUCAAAUUUACGAACCUUCUAUAAACGAAAAUGUAAUGCAAUCAAAUUCCACAGAACAAAAUCUAGCGGAUUCUUCUCCAAAAAAUAACAAAGUUGUUGAAACAUUGGAUUCUAAUACUGUAUUAAUUAGCGAUAUAAAAUUUGAAUUCAAUCCAGGAGACGGAAGUAAUGAAAAAAAGUCAAAUUCUGAUGCCGAUACUUCGACCCAAGUUAUUGCAAGUAGUAAAAAUACUAACAUGCAUGACAAUGGUCAUAAUAAAUCAGUUGAAGAAAACGUAGUCCCAGAAUUAAUUCUACAAGAAAAUAAACAAGUUUCUAAAAUAACUUCUUCACAAACAGUCGAUCAAAUAGUGCAAAAUAUCGAUGACACUGUAGCUGAAAUGAAACAGAAUAUAGAUGAAUUUCAAAAUAAUGAUAAAGAUAAUAUAAAUGUUAAUGAAACUGAUCAAGUUGAAAAUAUCGUACAAAAUAUCGAGGAAACUGUUGCUGAAAUGAAACAAAAUAUUGACGAAUUUCCAAAUAAUGUAGUGAAUGCCGAAAAUACAAGUGAUGAAUUUUUACUUAUUUUGAACAAUCAACAGCAACCAACAAAUUCAUUAAUUACAGACAAUGAGGAAUCCAAAACGGCACCUCAAAAACAGACUGAAAAUCUUAGAAAUAAAAGUAAAUCUAUAAAUGGUACAACUUCUAACAUAAAAAGACUGCAACAAGGCCUGUUGAAUAAAGCAAACAGCAUUCCAAAGACUGCAAAUAAUGCACAAAAUAAUAAAGCUACAAAUAUACCAAAGAAAAUAGACACGAAGAACAGUAUUGUUAAGAAUAGUCCGCCGUCAUUAGGGUCUGUAAAGCAAGAUAUUAAGCCUUCCGUAAAAUCAUUCAAAGGUCCUACAACAGUCGUCAAGGAUGAUCCUGCCAAAACAGUUGUCGCUAUAAAUAAUGACUCUGGGUCAUCAAAUCAAACAUCAUCAACUAUCAAAGAUGGUUCUAGCAAAUCUCCUACAAAUGUAUCGAAUGCAGACAAUAAAAAGAAAAAUAAUUAUUUUCGAGAAUCGUGUUUUAGCGAUGAAGAUAUUUUAGAUGACGAGCCAUUACCUAAACCUUCGCCAAAGACACAAAGUCAAACAAACACUGUUCCUUCUAAAAUAGAUAACAAUAAUGAGGAAGAGAAAUGGAAAAGCAUAUUAGAAACAGCUCAAAUUAUCAUUAAUAGCGAACCCACGGAGCGUCAGGCAAGAAGGUUCUUGGCGGAAGGGCUCGUUCGAAGUUAUUCAGAAGCUGAACUUGCCGUUACCCUGAUUGACCUGAAAUUCGACCCUGAGUCGGCCUUGUACGCCUCAAGGGAAUGUGGGACUUUGGAUGCUGCUAUAGCUUUUCUCCAACAGGAGUGCGAACUCUGCACCGGAAAAUAUCCUAUGCACCAGAUGGUUUCAAUGCUGCGUUGUGUCCAUAGAUGUUGUAAGGAAUGUGCCAAAAAUUACUUCACGAUACAAAUUACUGACAGAGCGAUCACAGAUUGCACAUGCCCAUUUUGCAAGGACCCAGAUCUUACCAACACCGAUGAAGAUGAUAUAUUAGAUUAUUUUUCACAUUUAGACAUAUUGCUAAAAAGUAUAUUGGAUACCGAAGUUCAUGAAUUAUUUCAAAGGAAACUAAGAGACAGAACUUUGAUGCAAGAUCCUAACUUCAAAUGGUGUGUUAAGUGUUCUUCUGGAUUUUUUGCUCAUCCGCGUCAUAAAAGGCUAAUUUGCCCAGAUUGCAGAUCAGUUACUUGUGCACAAUGUAGAAGACCUUGGGAGAAACAACACGAAGGAAUCACCUGUGAAAAAUUUGCGGAAUGGAAGGAAGCUAAUGACCCAGAUGUGCAAGCCGAAGGUGUGGCGAGGCACUUGCGGGAUCAUGGCAUCGAUUGUCCCAAAUGCAAAUUUAGAUAUGCCUUGUCCAGAGGAGGUUGUAUGCAUUUUACAUGCAGCCAGUGUAAAUAUGAGUUUUGCUGUGGCUGUGGAAAACCGUUUACUAUGGGAGCAAAAUGUGGAGUUUCGGCCUAUUGCGGAAAAUUGGGUUUGCACGCCCAUCAUCCGAGGAAUUGUCUGUUCUAUCUUCGAGAUAAAGAACCCCAUGAGCUUCAGAGGCUUCUAAAGAUAAACAACAUACCAUACGAUGUAGAGCCACCACCUGCUAAGGAGCAGCCAAAAGAUGAAGAUGGAGCAGUAGGCGGCGUUGCAAAAAAUUCUUAUGGACCGGAUAAGUGUCAAGUUCAACUUCAAAAGGAAACACCAGGAGGUCUAGUUGAUUCUGUUUGUAAUGCUGAUGUUCUUCCUGGACAAGCUGGCUUGUGCAGGGGACAUUAUGUGGAGUAUCUGGUGUCUCGUGUGCGAGCGGCCAGCCUGGACCCGCUCGCGGCCAUGGAUUUGACCGAGUGCGUUCAGGAGUUGAGGAGGCGCGGCAUCGCGCUUCCCGAACGCGGCCCUUGGGACACAGACGACAUCUACCGCGGCAUGUGUCAAAAGAUUGUUUUGGAACAAAUUCCUCUAGAUUAGAUCGCAAGACAUCCAUUCUUGAAAAGGCGUAUUAAAAAACUUAUAAACAA